GGGGAGGGAUUAAAUCAAACCUUCUUCUAGGACUCAGCUCUGAGUUCUCAUGGCCAAAACACGAAGGAUCAGCUCCACGCCUGUGACUCAACUGUCCAGGAAACGCGAAAAGGAAGAGAGUCCAAGCCUGAAGUUGUUCUUAUAGCUUCAGCUCCAGGAAAUCUACAAGUGGCCUGACAUCCGAUGCUCUACAAAGUUCCGGGCUUGUUGCUUGGAUUCUCUUAAGAAGCUGAAAUAACUGAAGAGGAGCGGGGGGCCUUCUGUUUUGGAGGGUUCUGUCCUACAGAGGAUGUUCUACACCCAUUGACACUUCAGAUCCAACUCCAUCUUCCGAAAUGAUCCCGAGUCCCAGAAUGCCCCUGGUGCUGCUCCUGCUCUUGCCCAUCCUGGGUUCUGCAAAAGCUCAGGUUAAUCCAGCUUCAUGUCGCUAUCCUUUGGGCAUGUCAGGAGGCCACAUUCCAGACGAGGACAUCACAGCUUCAAGUCAGUGGUCAGAAUCCACGGCUGCCAGAUACGGGAGGCUUGACUCUGAAGAAGGAGACGGAGCCUGGUGCCCCGAGAUCCCCGUGCAACCUGAUGACCUGAAAGAAUUUCUGCAGAUUGACUUACGUACCCUGCACUUUAUCACUCUUGUGGGGACCCAGGGGCGCCACGCAGGGGGUCAUGGCAUCGAGUUUGCGCCCAUGUACAAGAUCAACUACAGUCGAGAUGGCACUCGCUGGAUUUCCUGGCGCAACCGGCAUGGGGAGCAGGUGCUAGACGGGAACAGUAACCCUUACGAUGUUUUCCUGAAGGACUUGGAGCCACCCAUUGUCGCCAGAUUUGUCCGCCUUAUCCCAGUCACUGACCACUCCAUGAAUGUGUGCAUGAGGGUUGAGCUUUAUGGUUGUGUCUGGCUAGAUGGCUUGGUGUCUUACAAUGCUCCAGCUGGGCAGCAGUUUGUACUCCCUGGAGGCUCCAUCAUUUAUCUGAAUGACUCUGUCUAUGAUGGAGCUGUUGGUUACAGCAUGACUGAAGGACUAGGCCAGUUGACCGAUGGGGUAUCCGGCCUGGAUGACUUUACCCAGACCCACGAAUACCACGUGUGGCCUGGCUAUGACUACGUGGGUUGGCGGAAUGAGAGUGCUACCAAUGGCUACAUCGAGAUCAUGUUUGAAUUUGACCGAAUUAGGAACUUUACUACUAUGAAGGUCCAUUGCAACAACAUGUUUGCUAAGGGUGUGAAGAUCUUUAAGGAAGUCCAGUGUUACUUCCGCUCGGAAGCCAGCGAGUGGGAGCCCACGGCCGUCUCCUUUCCCCUCGUCCUGGAUGAUGUGAACCCCAGUGCUCGGUUUGUCACCGUGCCUCUCCACCACCGAAUGGCUAGUGCCAUCAAAUGCCAGUACCACUUCGCCGACACAUGGAUGAUGUUCAGCGAGAUCACUUUCCAGUCAGAUACUGCAAUGUACAACAACUCUGGAGCCUUGCCCACCUCUCCUAUGGCACCUACAACCUAUGAUCCCAUGCUUAAAGUGGAUGACAGCAACACUCGGAUCCUGAUUGGCUGCUUGGUUGCCAUCAUCUUCAUCCUGCUGGCUAUUAUUGUCAUCAUCCUGUGGAGGCAGUUCUGGCAGAAGAUGCUAGAAAAGGCCUCACGGAGGAUGCUGGAUGAUGAGAUGACAGUCAGCCUUUCCCUGCCCAGCGAGUCCAGCAUGUUCAAUAACAACCGCUCCUCGUCCCCAAGUGAGCAGGAGUCCAACUCUACUUAUGAUCGAAUCUUUCCCCUGCGCCCUGACUACCAGGAGCCGUCCAGACUCAUCCGAAAGCUCCCAGAAUUUGCUCCCGGGGAGGAGGAACCGGCCUGCAGUGGUGUUGUGAAGCCAGCCCAGCCCAACGGACCUGAAGGGGUACCUCACUAUGCAGAAGCCGACAUAGUGAAUCUUCAGGGGGUGACAGGUGGCAACACCUACUCAGUGCCUGCUGUCACCAUGGACCUGCUGUCGGGGAAGGACGUGGCUGUGGAAGAGUUCCCCAGGAAACUAUUGGCCUUCAAGGAGAAACUGGGAGAAGGCCAGUUUGGGGAGGUUCAUCUCUGUGAAGUGGAGGGAAUGGAAAAAUUCAAAGACAAAGAUUUCGCUCAAGAUGUCAGUGCCAACCAGCCUGUCCUGGUGGCCGUGAAGAUGCUCCGAGCAGAUGCAAACAAGAAUGCCAGGAAUGAUUUUCUUAAGGAGAUAAAGAUCAUGUCUCGGCUCAAGGACCCAAACAUCAUCCGUCUCUUAGCUGUGUGCAUCACCGAUGACCCACUCUGCAUGAUCACGGAGUACAUGGAAAAUGGAGAUCUCAAUCAGUUUCUCUCCCGCCACGAGCCUCUGGGUUCUUGUUCUAGCAAUGCCACCGUCAGUUAUGCCAACCUGAAGUUUAUGGCUACCCAGAUCGCCUCUGGAAUGAAGUAUCUCUCAUCCCUUAACUUUGUCCACCGAGAUCUGGCCACCCGAAACUGCUUGGUGGGCAAGAACUACACCAUCAAGAUAGCUGAUUUUGGAAUGAGCAGGAACCUGUACAGUGGUGACUACUACCGGAUCCAGGGCCGGGCUGUGCUCCCCAUCCGCUGGAUGUCAUGGGAGAGCAUCUUGUUGGGCAAGUUCACCACAGCAAGUGACGUGUGGGCCUUCGGGGUGACUCUGUGGGAGACUUUCACCUUUUGCCAGGAGCAGCCCUAUUCCCAGCUGUCAGAUGAGCAGGUCAUUGAGAAUACUGGAGAGUUUUUCCGAGACCAAGGGAGGCAGACUUAUCUCCCUCAACCAGCCAUUUGCCCCGACUCUGUAUAUAAGCUGAUGCUCAGCUGUUGGAGAAGAGAGACCAAGCAUCGGCCAUCAUUCCAAGAAAUACACCUUCUGCUUCUUCAACAAGGGGACGAGUGAUGUCAUCAAUGCCUGCCAAUGUUCCUGUGGCCCAGGUCCUCCCCACAAGACCUACCGCUCACCCACGUUUAAGCCACUUCAUCUGGACAUUUAAUGGACCAAAGAGACAGAAAAGCGUUCACUUUACCCUCUUACUGUCUCUUGCCUCCUCCACUACACUUCCCUUUUCCCUACCACUGACUCAUAUAUACUUUUUUACAUGAAAUAACUAAAAAAGAAAAAAAAUAGAGCAGAUAAAAUUUAGUAAAAUAAAUAUUACUUGAUAUAUCUAAGUGUUAGAUAAUAAAGGCUAGAAACGCAGAUAAUUUAUAAAGGUUAUGCUUAUGUUUGUAAGUGUGCAGAUCCUGCAAUAUUUUCCAUGUCACUUUCUAUAGAAUACCUUUAGAAAGAAAAACUUGAAGGAUACGAAUGUCUUGGGAAGCACGAGCUCAGGCAUAAGGAAAGGACUUGGUAGCCGUGAAGAAUUGCAGGACUUGGUACUCCGCAACUAAUGGAUGUCUUCUUGACUUGGCCUCUGGACUUGACCCGCUCUCACUCUCAGAUCUCUCUGUCUCUCUGUCUCUCUCUGUCUCUCUCUUUCUUGUCAAAGUGAGUGACAUGUACUUAAAAGUUCAAAAGCUCUGCCUUGUUUUUUGGAAUGAAUGUUUUCUUCACUCAUGGACAGAGAUCAGGGCAUGCCUAUGAAACAGGUCAUAUGGGCAGGAAAAAUGUCUGUUGUGAGACUUGAAGGACAAUACUUAUAUAGAGAAAAGAAAGAUUGCCCGGGAUUCUCAGUAGACAGAGUCAUAGGAAAGGAGGAUGAACAGUAGCUAUCUCUGUUGUUCCCUUGUAUCCCUUGACUUUUUAAUCAGUAAAAGCCUGAUGUUUUGAUAUUUUAAAGGCUGCUCCUUUAGUUCAUCUUUCCCAGUUCUGUUUCUUUCAAUAUGUGAUUUCCCCUGUGUGAACCUAGAGGCUAGGAUUUGAACUUCUCAGGCAUAAAUAUCCAAUGCUGUGUACAACGUAUAGUAGAUCCAUUUUGAGUGUUCGCAAAAGGCUGGCCUGGACCUUGAAAGGAAGGUAUAGGAAAACUGAUUUUCACUCUUUAUUUGGGGAAAUAUGGAGAGAAUCAGAACUUACAGGCAAGAAUGGGCUUCCCCAGAGAUGGCGAGUCUCUCAUCUCUGAGAACUUUCAGAUAUUAGCUGAAGAACUAUGCAAGAAAGAGGUUCUUGGCCACUGGAUACUUGUGUCUGUAUGGGAGAGUCAAAGGAUAGCCAUUCAGUGUUACUGAAUGUGCUUUUGCCGUGGAGAUGGCGGCCAGCAGCAGAGAAGAGGGUCUAGUUUCAGGAUUCGUGGAAACUGAUACACCAUCAAACAGGAGCUGUCUAAGAGCAGAUCCUAAGUUUUCAUAUUCUAAAGACUCUCAGAUUCAUUGGGAAACUAGAAUAUAGAAACCUUAAGUCCUGUAGAGGAAAACCAAGAAAAGAUUACCAAAUAAGCUUCCCAAGCUGAGGUAAAAUAGCUGUUUCCGUUGUCUACCCAGGCAGCUUGCUCUAUGGUCUCUCAGAAGCCUGGCUGUUUCUUGGUUCAGCCUUCAGAUAACUCCAGGACACAGCAGAGAUGUAGUUCUAAUUCUUAAAAUUAAUUUCUCAGAUCCUAUUUAAUCAUAGUGAAUUCCCCUUUCCUGUGGCUUUUGUAUCAUUUUCUGCUUUAGUCUUUCCCAAGACUAACUUUGGGGUCAUUGAUUGGAGGAGAGGUAGGUGAGUGUUGGGUUUGGAACUCUGGCCCUCUUUCUGCCUCGAGCCAAGAAUGCCAUUUUCCCAAGUCUCAUUGUCUCUCUGAAUCUGUUUCCUUAUCUGUCUAAGGAGUAAAUUGAAUUAGGCAGUCUGGAAAUGGAAAUCUCUUGGAGUUCUGCUCUGCUUUGUGCUUGCUGGAGAACCAGGUUUGUGACUGAUGUAGGCUCGGUUGCUCUCUUGCUCAGAAAAGUGUGGCCAGUAAAAGAGACCCCGAGAGGCAGCGUUUUAGAAACGCUGAUGCCGGCAUCAUCUCUGCUCUAGAGUCCCCGGAAUUCCCACCCAUUAUCUCAUUUGGUAUCUCCAGGGCCAGCCACGUCUCGUUCACAACUCUUGGCUCUGUAUUCUUUAAGAUUCUGUCCCUAAUUCGCUUUAUUCCUUUACCUGCUAUUUAAAAGUCGUGAUUAAAAUGAAAUUCCCUGACUUUGCAUCAUGGAACUCAUCUGUUCCAGGUGACUCUCCAAAACAUAUCAUCAUGUACAAGCAGAACUUUUCUUUUUUUCCUUCCUCCCUUCCUUCCUUCCUUCCUUCCUUCCUUCCUUCCUUCCUUCCUUCAUUCCUUCCUUCCCUCCUUUCUUUCUUUUUUUUUUUGUAUGAAGAAGGCUCUACCUUCUGGCACUGAGACCUUUGAUUUAUAGACACAGUUUAGUUUCUAUUUAUACUUGUAGAGUUGAGCUGUACCAACCUGAGUGACCCAACAUGGUAGAUGGGAAGGGCUUACCAUAUAGACUUAACAGGUAGCUCAAAUCUGAAUUAGAGAAAUGAAGCUAGGCUUUAGGAAAGAGAACAGAAACAGACGAGAAACCGUGGGUUAUUGUUGUUUUCUGAAGUUAUUCAUGAUCAUGAUAUAUAUAUAUAUAUAUAUAUAUGAACCAUUUAUGUCAAGAUGACCUUUAGACUAUCAUAUCUCGAUUUCUACCUUUAUGACAAAUGUAUUGAUAGGCAGUUCCAUAUAUUUUUUAGUGCUGGGAAUCAAACCUAGAAACUCACACAUACUAGGCAGAGGUUCUGUCAUUAUCUAUAGCCUCAGUAUCUAUGUUCAAAUCUUUCCCUGUUGGCCAGACAGCUAUCUCACUAAUUCAUGUAUGUGAUCUAGAGUCGAAAGGAGUGCCCUUAGGGGAUGAUGCAUUGUUAAGGCUAUGGAAAAAUCACCUGUGAGUGUUCAAGACUGUAUGACAAAAGAGGGCUGUGGGCAAGUGUGCGCGAAGUGGUUUUAAAAAGUGGUUACACAAAUGUGUGUGUGUGUGACUGAAUGGAAAGGAUGAGGCGAAGACGAGAAAGAAGGUACCAUAAAGACAGGCAAGGAGAGAUUAUAGGAAGACACAGGAGGAGGCAAGCCAGGAAAGGUAGAAACAGGGCUGGUGGAGGCCAGGAAAUCAAUUUUUGAUACCUGAAAGUAAACCCUUGAAAGGAGAUCUGAGGGAGAUUAGACAAAGUGACUUGAAAAGAAUGAAGGACGAGUAGAAGAAGAAAAACUGGGUGAGAGAGACUGUAUUUAUUAAAGUGAAGUCAGGGCUAUAGAAGGGAUUUUGGCAGCGUUAAGGACGGGGAUGGUCUUCAUGGGUCAAGGCAUGUGUAGCCACCAGGGAAUGCCCUUUUUAUCUCAGGGGAAGUGGGUACAGGAGGCAGUUUUGUGCUCCUAUUUUUUCUACACCACAUCUAGUGCUUGUAGCAAGUCAAAGCUGUCUGUGCACUGGGCUUGGUGUUCCACGUGCUAUUUCGGCUUGAAGAUCUAGGAGUUUGGGAGCUUAUGGUAGUGACUUUCAAUAAUGCUCACCUUUGCUGGACCCAGAGUGGCCCCAGCAAACAUGGAAACAAUAGGUGUAAGUUAGACAAGACAAAAUCUUGUCUGAUUUUUAAACAGAGGCAUGUGUCAUAUUGGAAACAUGUUUUUCUAGUCCCAUCCAGGCAUCCGCAAGAAAACCAGGAUGUGAAGCUAGGCCAUGUGUUUUAAGUAAAGAAGAGAAAGAGGGGAGUGUCAGGAUGAAGGGAACAGGGGAAGAUGCUCUGAGCACAUACACUAAAAGACAGAAGAAUAUUUUUAUCCCAAAAUACAAAAUGAAGAGAAUUGCAGUACAUUAGUUAUUAUGACUUUGAUCCUAAGUUGAAUUCAUGGGUCUGGUGUUUUCUGUCAUAGUCCUCUUUUCUUUGUUUUAAAGCCCAUGUCCUUGGGCGCUGCAUUGGGUAAGCCCCUAAUGUCUUGACAAGAUGCAGAUUCUGGUCUACUCUGGGAAAUCCUUUUGAAUUGAAGUUUCAUAUUCUAGAAACAGAUGAAUGUCAUUGGCACUCGAUGAAUUAUUUGGGAUCCUGAAUUAAGAAGGAAGGAAACUGGGUAGUUAAUAAGGACUUGAUUCCGAGCAGAUUUGGGCUCUGUUCUCUAAUGAGCUGAGUAGGCUGGCAGAAAAAGACCCGGGGCGCCACCAGUUAGCUGUCCCAUACAUCUCAGAUACUUGUUAUAUUCAGAUGAUCUGAAACUUGAAAGACGUUACAAAAGAAUCAGUUCAGCUUGGGCUUACCCUGGAUCUGGUUUUCUUCUGCUGAUAAUAUUUUAGUCUAUUUUUAUCCAUCAAAACCAUUGUCUGCUUGGAGCCAUUUUCAAAACUGAACUUGGAUUUCACCAGUUUUCCUGCCUUGUACUCAUUUGCUCAUUGGACAUCACCGCUGUUGGUUUGUAACCUGGCCUUGGGGGCACACGGCAGGAAGGAGCCUAGAUAUUAUUCGACGAACGUUGAGAGAAACCAGCAGUUGACAAGCCCAUUCACCAGUGAACAACAUCCCACCUAUUUGCUGAAUUCACUUUCAAUUAACGUUCAUCAUUGCUGGACCCAGAAUGGCCAUACCCUUCCACACUAAUGAUUAGUUCCUCUGUUGGCACCCCCAAACAAUCCAAGAACAACUUAAGAAGAUGAAUGAUAUAGAAGGCUUUCAGGCAGAAGAAAAUUCUAAACAGAAGAAUGGAGCUUUUGUUGGUGACAAAGAGGCUUUAGGGUAAAGCAGUACUUUGGUCAAGAAUUAAGUGAUACUUAUUGGAAGCAGGGAUAGUUUUUGGGUAGAUUAUAACACAAAUAUAAACCCCUAAUGGGAGAUAAAACACCCUUUUCAGAGUAGCGGGGAAGUCUCAUUUGCUUAAAUGUUCAUCCUUAAAUGUCCUAACAGCUACUGAAUUAAAUUCAAGCUUCCUACGGAAAAGUUGAAACUCUAGUUUAAAGGGUCAUGACUUUGGGUUUUCUGCUGGCCAUUUUUAAGCUGCCCUGCUUAAGGGCUACAUGAUAAUAACUGUCUGUGGCUUAUGAAGUUCCUAGCACACAAGUGAAUAUUUUGUGAAUUUUAUGUUUUCAGUGAAUAAAGUAUGGAAAAAUUGUUAUGUAUCACAAGUGCGAAUUUUUGGAGAAGUGCUCUGUUAAAACAUAAAAAGAAAAGGGAAGAAAGUGUCCUGAAGCAUGUACCCCCUUGUGUCUUGUGGUGGUGAAGCUGAUUCAGACAGCAUGCAUGGUGUUUCUCCCAGGGCUCUAGUUCAAAGGCACAGAGUAGACCCUGGCUCCAAAUCUAGCUCUUUUGAACCGAGCUAUUGAUUUAGUUUCUCCUACAGACACCUUGCCAGUCGCUUUACAGGUCUUCUGGGAGAACAGAUACGAGUUCCAAGGCUGAUCUGCAAUCCCAACUGCGUGUCAAGGAAACAUCUGUCAAGGGAAAGCACAGGCAGUCAAUAUCGGGGCAAACGUGUUUUCUUUAAAAGGGGUUUGGAUGACGGGGAAAGCUGGGAGCUUUUCUGCAAACACACCGAGGGGUUGCAAUCUGCACUAGUCAUCUGAACCAUUCUUUGCUAUUCAAGGAUGCAACUCUUCUUGCCCGAUGUCUGGUAACUGCUCCUGAGGACUGACUUUCCGCAGCAGUAUGGUGGACUCUUCCAUGAUGAGAAACAUCUGGGCUUUAUUCACGGGCUGGGGUGGAUAAUGUGCUUCGUUAAGGGCUAAGCAGCAAAUGGAUUUAAUUUCUGCCUGAAACUAUCAUAGUCAUUCUAAAACAGAAUACACAAAACUCCUCUGUAUUAGAAAAAGGAGCAGAACCGUGAUGCCAAUUGUGUAUUUUCUUUAUUUAUUCUCUGUAAGUCUGUUGGAUGAUACAUUGUAAAUAACAGAUUAAAGAGUCAUGCUA